UAAUGAAAAAUAUCCAAUUGAUAUUAUUAAUCGUCUUGUUUGGGUUUGCUUCUGCUGAUAUUAUUAUCAAUAAAUCAAAAAGAUGUGAAUGUCCAUCAUUUAUCAAAACAGAAUGUGAUAAAUGGUAUGAUUGUAAAUGGGCUGAAACAUCUUGUUAAAAAAAAGAAUGCACUGAUUACACAACAGAAGACAAAUGCAAUGGAGAAUGUUAAUGGAAAGGUGGAAAGUGUAUUGAUGAGAAAAAAGAGUGUGAAGAUAUGCCAACUGAAGAAAGUUGUUCAAAUUUUGCUGGAUGUGGUUGGAAAGAUAACAAAUGCAUUGAAUUUACUCAAUGUUCAGAUUUCAUUGUAACAAAGGCAGAAAGAUGCUCUGUCUUAUAAGGUGAAAAUGGAGAAAGAUGCUAACCAAAAGGUGUUAGUGUAACUACAUUAUUUUACAAACAUUUAGCUGUUGCAGCUGGAUUUUAAUGUGAAAAUAAAGUGUAUGUUGAUUGUUCUAAAUUUGUGACAGAAGCUACAUGCAAAGGAGAUGCAACUGCAACUGCAAAAUGUUAAUGGAAAAGUGAUGGUAAAUGUUAUGCAUUUGAAUUAAAAACAUGUAGAGAUGCUGAUGGAUUUAAUUAAAUGUGUGAUCCAAAAUAUUGUAAAAAAGAUGGAUAAUUAUGUGUGAAUAGAUCAUGUUCUGAUAUUACCACAUAAGCAUUAUGCACAUCUCUACCAAAAGUUGACAGCAAUAAAUCCAUCUUAUGUAAAUGGGGUGCUGAUAAUAAAUGUACAACUGCAACUGAUGCAACUCAUUUGAAUGAAUAAACUUGCAAUGAUGUAACUUUCGGUUCCUAUCAUUGGGCGACAAAUACUUGUCAAUAAUGUGCUUCCAAUUGGAUUCUAUCAAUUAUGUCAUUGAUAAUCUUGGUUGUCCUCAUUUGAAU